AUGGUAGCACGCUCAAUCGCGCUGGUUUCUCGGCAUCCCCCGUGUUUGUCGCUUCCACUUGGACAGGGCUGGCUCGGCACGUUCAAGGGAGCGUCAACCGGUCUCUACGCGGGCGUGAGGGGCGUGUUCGAGUCGGUGAAGGCGGCGGUGGGUGCGACGGUCGUGCAGGCGUUCGGCAUCGCAGGCGACACUGUGGACGACGUGCGCGAGAGAAUGGAGAGCGGCGAGUUCCCCCCAUCGCUGCAGCUGCGGGUGGCAGUGGUGUGUGUGGGUAUCAACGACGUGCUGCAGCGGAGAACCAGCGCCGCCACCACGGCUAGCAAGGUGGCAUCGUUGGCAGUGAGUGUGCGCAAGGCACACCCCUCCACCUCUGUGCUCGUGCUGGGGCUGCUGCCCGAGGCGGCCACGAGCAAGAAUGCGUCACUGCCUGACCCUGUGCCGGCUCAAGUUAAUGUCAUCCUCGCCUCGGCUCUCCAAUCAGUGGACGGGGUCUCGUUCCUCGACUGCUCAUCUGCAUUCACCAACCCAGGAGGCUCAAUCAAUGCUGCCGCCUACGCACCUGACUCCUUCCGCUACCUGCAUCUGUCAGCCGCGGGCUACAAGGCAUGGUCGGGGUGUUUCUCACCGCAAGUGAAGACCAUGCUCAAAGAAGCAUCAGCCAGCCCCGCCAUACCCACGCCCCCAGUCCGCACGCCCUCCACCCCUCCCCUCUCCAGCGCUCCUCCCUCCAAGCCCUCGCCUCCGCCUCUCAAGUCGCCCCCCACCACCUCGCCUGUGCCCUCCGGCUCAUCCCCUCGCAAGCAGCCCUCGCAGCAGCAACCACCAAGGGAUAAGGCACCAUCCGCCAACUCAACGAAAUCAAAAUCACCGCCCACCAAAGCCUCUCCCUCCAAGUCUCCUCCCUCCAAGUCUCCUCCUCCAAAAUCUCUUCCCAGAUCUCCUCCGUCUGUACCUCCUCCUUCUACAGACCCUUCUGCCAAAGACACUUCCGCCAGAAACACUUCCGCCAAAGCACCCCCGUCCAAAGCCCCGCCCUCCAAAGCCCCGCCCUCCAAAGCUCCCCCUUAUAAGGCCCCCCCGCAGCAAUCAUCCCCCCCUUCAAAGCCUUCCCCAGUCAAGUCCCCCCCAGCAUCGCCCCUCCUUCCCUCCCCUGCUGCUCCCUCCCUUCCCCCUCCUUCCCCAUCCAAGCUUCCCGCCUCAUCCACACCCAACCACACUUUCGACACUCCUGCGAAGCUCCCUGCCAAGCCCUCUGAUUCCAACAGCCGUUCCCCUCGCAAGUCCCAUGCAAAGAAACAGUCCCCUUUUAAGCAGACCCCCAACAAGCACGUCCCGGCAAAGGAGCCACCAGCAUCUGACCUCCCUCCGCCUGCCUCAGAGCCUCUUUCCAACAAAACGGGUAACUCCAGUAGAAGCCCAAACACUGGGUCUAAACCCGCAAACAACCCGUCUGAACCUGCUGCCGAGCCUGGUCCCAAGUCGUUCAAGCCUGGACAAAACACGUCCGAGCCUGAACCGGGCCGUUCUGAUACCGAGCCUGGCCUUUCAAAGCCUGUGGGGGGCUCUUCCGAGCCAGGAGACAGUCCAUCCGAGCCUAAGCCGAGUCCUUCCAAGCCUGAUGGCUCGACAGGUUCGGGGAUCAAGAGGAUGAAGGGGCGAGACCCUGAGCACCCAACUGGCAAUGUGACGAAGGGGAAUGUGACACAUGGGGAUGUGACAAAUGGGAAUGUGACACAUGGGGAUGUGAAACAUGGGAAUGCGACACGUGGCAAUGACACGAAUGGGAAUGUGACAGAUGGCUAUGUGACAGGUGGGAGGAGAGGGCCAGCAGCAGCAAAUCCAGUGGAGAAACAGCCAGCCUCUGACACCGUGCCAUCUGCCUCGGCUAAACUGCCCCCUGCUUCUAGGUGUGGCACGCGGCUCGAGGUCACAGGGCUGGAUGACCUCGCGUCCUCGCUCAGCCAAUCAGCGGCGGACGCGCUGGGCGCGUCGCGAUGCGGCGCGCCGCACGGCGCGAAUUCCGCGUCGAUUUUGGAUCAAUCCUUCGUCGUCCUGCCGCCUAACUCCUCCGCGUUUCACGGCGCGUCUUACGGCACCUCUCACGCGCCUCGUCAUGGAGCCACUACCGGGGCGAUCCGACCGUCGACUAACUCUGCGCUCAGUGCUCCGCCGUCGAUUCCGCGUCCUCCUAUAGGCAAUACUUUCUCUGCGAGUCCCGGUGCUGUUCCUUCUGCCGCCGCGUCUCCCGCUGCGGGCUCAGCUAGUGCGUCAAACCCGGCGUCCAUCCCGGAAGAGCAGCAGCUGCAGCCGCAGCCGCAGGAUCAGACCCAACCGCAUCCGCAGCAGGGACGAUCGGUGGCUGAGAUUCAGCCUCAGAGCCAAUCUCAAUCGCAGUUUCAUCUGCAGCAGCAUCAGCCGCCACCAAUCAGAGCCGCGCUUCUGCCAACCGUUGGGGGACACGUGGCCGUCCAAUCACAUGCGGCAUUCCAGUCGCCCUCGGGUCGCAGGGCGCCCCCCGCCCGUCUGGACGAGUCGUUUGUGGUGCUGCCUGGCUCGGCUGCCUCUGUUGUGUUGUGUUGUGCUGUGGUGAUUCUCCGGUGUCUGGAGCUGCAGAUUCUCCUGCGUCUGGAGCUGCAGAUUCUCCUGCGCCUGGAGCUGCAGAUUCUCCUGCGUCUGGAGCUGCAGAUUCUCCUGCGUCUGGAGCUGCAGAUUCUCCCGCGGCUGGAGCUGCAGAUUCUCCCGCGUCUGGAGCUGCAGAUUCUCCUGCGUCUGGAGCUGCAGAUUCUCCUGCGUCUGGAGCUGCAGAUUCUCCGGUGUCUGGAGCUGCAGAUUUUCCUGCGUCUGGAGCUGCAGAUUCUCCUGCGCCUGGAGCUGCAGAUUCUCCUGCGUCUGGAGCUGCAGAUUCUCCUGCGUCUGGAGCUGCAGAUUCUCCUGCGUCUGGAGCUGCAGAUUCUCCCGCGUCUGGAGCUGCAGAUUCUCCCGCGUCUGGAGCUGCAGAUUCUCCUGCGUCUGGAGCUGCAGAUUCUCCUGCGUCUGGAGCUCCAGAUUCUCCUGCGUCUGGAGCUCCAGAUUCUCCUGCGUCUGGAGCUGCAGAUUCUCCUGCGUCUGGAGCUGCAGAUUCUCCUGCGUCUGGAACUGCAGAUUCUCCUGCGCCUGGAGCUGCAGAUUCUCCUGCGCCUGGAGCUGCAGAUUCUCCUGCGUCUGGAGCUGCAGAUUCUCCCGCGUCUGGAGCUGCAGAUUCUCCUGCGCCUGGAGCUGCAGAUUUUCCUGCGUCUGGAGCUGCAGAUUCUCCUGCGUCUGGAGCUGCAGAUUCUCCUGCGUCUGGAGCUGCAGAUUCUCCUGCGUCUGGAGCUGCAGAUUCUCCUGCGUCUGGAGCUGCAGAUUCUCCUGCGGCUGGAGCUGCAGAUUCUCCUGCGUCUGGAACUGCAGAUUCUCCUGCGCCUGGAGCUGCAGAUUCUCCUGCGCCUGGAGCUGCAGAUUCUCCUGCGCCUGGAGCUGCGGAUUCUCCUGCGUCUGGAGCUGCAGAUUCUCCUGCGCCUGGAGCUGCAGAUUCUCCUGCGCCUGGAGCUGCAGAUUCUCCUGCGUCUGGAGCUGCAGAUUCUCCUGCGUCUGGAGCUGCAGAUUCUCCUGCGUCUGGAGCUGCAGAUUCUCCUGCGUCUGGAGCUCCAGAUUCUCCUGCAUUCUCCCGCGUCUGGAGCUGCAGAUUCUCCUGCGCCUGGAGCUGCAGAUUCUCCUGCGUCUGGAGCUGCAGAUUCUCCUGCGUCUGGAGCUGCAGAUUCUCCUGCGUCUGGAGCUGCAGAUUCUCCCGCGUCUGGAGCUGCAGAUUCUCCGGCGUCUGGAGCUGCAGAUUCUCCCGCGUCUGGAGCUGCAGAUUCUCCUGCGUCUGGAGCUGCAGAUUCUCCUGCGUCUGGAGCUGCAGGUUCUCCCGCGUCUGGAGCUGCAGAUUCUCCCGCGUGUGGAGCUGCAGAUUCUCCUGCGUCUGGAGCUGCAGAUUCUCCCGCGUCUGGAGCUGCAGAUUCUCCCGCGUCUGGAGCUGCAGAUUCUCCUGCGUCUGGAGCUGCAGAUUCUCCUGCGUCUGGAGCUGCAGAUUCUCCUGCGUCUGGAGCUGCAGAUUCUCCUGCGUCUGGAGCUGCAGAUUCUCCUGCGUCUGGAGCUGCAGAUUCUCCUGCGUCUGGAGCUGCAGAUUCUCCUGCGCUGGAGCUGCAGAUUCUCCUGCGUCUGGAACUGCAGAUUCUCCUGCGCCUGGAGCUGCAGAUUCUCCUGCGCCUGGAGCUGCAGAUUCUCCUGCGCCUGGAGCUGCAGAUUCUCCUGCGUCUGGAGCUGCAGAUUCUCCUGCGCCUGGAGCUGCAGAUUCUCCUGCGCCUGGAGCUGCAGAUUCUCCUGCGUCUGGAGCUGCAGAUUCUCCUGCGUCUGGAGCUGCAGAUUCUCCCGCGUCUGGAGCUGCAGAUUCUCCUGCGUCUGGAGCUGCAGAUUCUCCUGCGUCUGGAGCUGCAGAUUCUCCUGCGUCUGGAGCUGCAGAUUCUCCCGCGUCUGGAGCUGCAGAUUCUCCCGCGUCUGGAGCUGCAGAUUCUCCCGCGUCUGGAGCUGCAGAUUCUCCCGCGUCUGGAGCUGCAGAUUCUCCCGCGUCUGGAGCUGCAGAUUCUCCUGCGUCUGGAGCUGCAGAUUCUCCUGCGUCUGGAGCUGCAGAUUCUCCUGCGUCUGGAGCUGCAGAUUCUCCUGCGUCUGGAGCUGCAGAUUCUCCUGCGUCUGGAGCUGCAGAUUCUCCCGCGUCUGGAGCUGCAGAUUCUCCCGCGUCUGGAGCUGCAGAUUCUCCUGCGUCUGGAACUGCAGAUUCUCCUGCGCCUGGAGCUGCAGAUUCUCCUGCGCCUGGAGCUGCAGAUUCUCCUGCGUCUGGAGCUGCAGAUUCUCCCGCGUCUGGAGCUGCAGAUUCUCCUGCGCCUGGAGCUGCAGAUUUUCCUGCGCCUGGAGCUGCAGAUUCUCCUGCGUCUGGAGCUGCAGAUUCUCCUGCGUCUGGAGCUGCAGAUUCUCCUGCGUCUGGAGCUGCAGAUUCUCCUGCGUCUGGAGCUGCAGAUUCUCCUGCGUCUGGAGCUGCAGAUUCUCCUGCGUCUGGAGCUGCAGAUUCUCCUGCGGCUGGAGCUGCAGAUUCUCCUGCGUCUGGACCUGCAGAUUCUCCUGCGCCUGGAGCUGCAGAUUCUCCUGCGCCUGGAGCUGCAGAUUCUCCCGCGCCUGGAGCUGCAGAUUCUCCCGCAUUCUCCUGCGUCUGGAGCUGCAGAUUCUCCUGCGUAUGGAGCUGCAGAUUUCCCGCGUCUGGAGCUGCAGAUUCUCCCGCGUCUGGAGCUGCAGAUUCUCCCGCGUCUGGAGCUGCAGAUUCUCCCGCGUCUGGAGCUGCAGAUUCUCCCGCGUCUAGAGCUGCAGAUUCUCCUGCGUCUGGAGCUGCAGAUUCUCCUGCGUCUGGAGCUGCAGAUUCUCCUGCGUCUGGAGCUGCAGAUUCUCCUGCGUCUGGAGCUGCAGAUUCUCCUGCGUCUGGAGCUGCAGAUUCUCCUGCGUCUGGAGCUGCAGAUUCUCCUGCGUCUGGAGCUGCAGAUUCUCCUGCGUCUGGAGCUGCAGAUUCUCCUGCGUCUGGAGCUGCAGAUUCUCCCGCGUCUGGAGCUGCAGAUUCUCCCGCGUCUGGAGCUGCAGAUUCUCCGGCGUCUGGAGCUGCAGAUUCUCCGGCGUCUGGAGCUGCAGAUUCUCCCGCGUCUGGAGCUGCAGAUUCUCCCGCGUGUGGAGCUGCAGAUUCUCCUGCGUCUGGAGCUGCAGAUUCUCCCGCGUCUGGAGCUGCAGAUUCUCCCGCGUCUGGAGCUGCAGAUUCUCCCGCGUCUGGAGCUGCAGAUUUUCCUGCGUCUGGAGCUGCAGAUUCUCCUGCGCCUGGAGCUGCAGAUUCUCCUGCGUCUGGAGCUGCAGAUUCUCCUGCGUCUGGAGCUGCAGAUUCUCCUGCGUCUGGAGCUGCAGAUUCUCCUGCGUCUGGAGCUGCAGAUUCUCCCGCGUCUGGAGCUGCAGAUUCUCCCGCGUCUGGAGCUGCAGAUUCUCCGGCGUCUGGAGCUGCAGAUUCUCCUGCGUCUGGAGCUGCAGAUUCUCCCGCGUCUGGAGCUGCAGAUUCUCCCGCGUCUGGAGCUGCAGAUUCUCCUGCGUCUGGAGCUGCAGAUUCUCCCGCGUCUGGAGCUGCAGAUUCUCCCGCGUCUGGAGCUGCAGAUUCUCCCGCGUCUGGAGCUGCAGAUUCUCCUGCGUCUGGAGCUGCAGAUUCUCCUGCGUCUGGAGCUGCAGAUUCUCCUGCGUCUGGAGCUGCAGAUUCUCCUGCGUCUGGAGCUGCAGAUUCUCCUGCGUCUGGAGCUGCAGAUUCUCCUGCGUCUGGAGCUGCAGAUUCUCCUGCGUCUGGAGCUGCAGAUUCUCCUGCGUCUGGAGCUGCAGAUUCUCCUGCGUCUGGAGCUGCAGAUUCUCCUGCGUCUGGAGCUGCAGAUUCUCCUGCGCCUGGAGCUGCAGAUUCUCCUGCGCCUGGAGCUGCAGAUUCUCCUGCGCCUGGAGCUGCAGAUUCUCCUGCGCCUGGAGCUGCAGAUUCUCCUGCGCCUGGAGCUGCAGAUUCUCCUGCGUCUGGAGCUGCAGAUUCUCCUGCGCCUGGAGCUGCAGAUUCUCCUGCGCCUGGAGCUGCAGAUUCUCCUGCGUCUGGAGCUGCAGAUUCUCCUGCGUCUGGAGCUGCAGAUUCUCCCGCGUCUGGAGCUGCAGAUUCUCCCGCGUCUGGAGCUGCAGAUUCUCCUGCGUCUGGAGCUGCAGAUUCUCCUGCGUAUGGAGCUGCAGAUUUUCCCGCGUCUGGAGCUGCAGAUUCUCCCGCGUCUGGAGCUGCAGAUUCUCCCGCGUCUGGAGCUGCAGAUUCUCCCGCGUUUGGAGCUGCAGAUUCUCCUGCGUCUGGAGCUGCAGAUUCUCCUGCGUCUGGAGCUGCAGAUUCUCCUGCGUCUGGAGCUGCAGAUUCUCCUGCGUCUGGAGCUGCAGAUUCUCCUGCGUCUGGAGCUGCAGAUUCUCCUGCGUCUGGAGCUGCAGAUUCUCCUGCGCCUGGAGCUGCAGAUUCUCCUGCGCCUGGAGCUGCAGAUUCUCCUGCGCCUGGAGCUGCAGAUUCUCCUGCGCCUGGAGCUGCAGAUUCUCCCGCGUCUGGAGCUGCAGAUUCUCCCGCGUCUGGAGCUGCAGAUUCUCCCGCGUCUGGAGCUGCAGAUUCUCCCGCGUCUGGAGCUGCAGAUUCUCCUGCGUCUGGAGCUGCAGAUUCUCCUGCGUCUGGAGCUGCAGAUUCUCCUGCGUCUGGAGCUGCAGAUUCUCCUGCGUCUGGAGCUGCAGAUUCUCCCGCGCCUGGAGCUGCAGUUCUCCCGCGCCUGGAGCUGCAGUUCUCCUGCGCCUGGAGCUGCAGAUUCUCCUGCGUCUGGAGCUGCAGAUUCUCCUGCGUCUGGAGCUGCAGAUUCUCCCGGGUCUGGAUCUGCAGAUUCUCCCGCGUCUGGAGCUGCAGAUUCUCCCGCGUCUGGAGCUGCAGAUUCUCCCGCGCCUGGAGCUGCAGAUUCUCCCGCGCCUGGAGCUGCAGGUUCUCCUGCGCCUGGAGCUGCAGAUUCUCCUUCGUCUGGAGCUGCAGAUUCUCCUUCGUCUGGAGCUGCAGAUUCUCCCGCGUCUGGAGCUGCAGAUUCUCCCGCGUCUGGAGCUGCAGAUUCUCCCGCGUCUGGAGCUGCAGAUUCUCCUGCGUCUGGAGCUGCAGAUUCUCCUGCGUCUGGAGCUGCAGAUUCUCCUGCGUCUGGAGCUGCAGAUUCUCCUGCGUCUGGAGCUGCAGAUUCUCCUGCGUCUGGAGCUGCAGAUUCUCCUGCGUCUGGAGCUGCAGAUUCUCCCGCGUCUGGAGCUGCAGAUUCUCCCGCGUCUGGAGCUGCAGAUUCUCCCGCGUCUGGAGCUGCAGAUUCUCCCGCGUCUGGAGCUGCAGAUUCUCCCGCGUCUGGAGCUGCAGAUUCUCCCGCGUCUGGAGCUGCAGAUUCUCCCGCGUCUGGAGCUGCAGAUUCUCCCGCAUCUGGAGCUGCAGAUUCUCCCGCGUCUGGAGCUGCAGAUUCUCCUGCGUCUGGAGCUGCAGAUUCUCCCGCGUCUGGAGCUGCAGAUUCUCCCGCAUUCUCCCGCGUCUGA